GGAGGGGCGGCUGUCGGCGGCUGGUCUCGCGCCGCCAGUGCGACGCUGCGCGGCCGACGACGCGGAUGUGAGGACUGGCAGCGACGAUGUCGGAGACAAAGCCCCUACAACUGGACGUGGCGGCUCAACAGCCAUGGCUGCCAGAGCAGGCCGGGAAGCGACUCGAGGACUGCUACAUCCUGGGCGACGUCAUCGGCAGGGGGGCGUCGUCCACAGUGUACAAGUGCCUGUACAAGGGCAAGAAGGAGUACGCCUGCAAGGUCAUCAACAAGGCGCGGCUGGUGAGGAGUGCGGCGAUGAAGCAGCUGCCGAUCCUGCGGACGCUCAGACAUCCCAACAUCGUGCAGGUACGCGACGUGUUGGAGACCGAGUCGGAGGUGCAGCUGGUGGCGGAGCUGAUGUCUGGCGGCGAACUUCUGGAGCGACUGGCCGGCCGCGGGCACUACAGCGAGCGAGACGCCGCAGCCGCCGUGCGUCAGUUGCUGUCUGCCCUGCAGUACCUGCAUGGUUCUGGUGUGGUUCAUGGUGAUCUGAAGCCGGAACAUCUACUUUUUGAAUCUGAAGAUGAAAACUCUUGCCUCAAGAUGACUGACCAUGGCCUAAACCAUCUGCUUCAAAAGAGGCAUCCUGGGUUUCCAAGGAGCUAUUCUGCUCCAGAAGUGCUGCUGAAUAAAGGAUUUGGACCACCUUCUGACAUCUGGAGCCUUGGUGUGAUUAUGUACAUCAUGCUUUGUGGUUUUGAACCAUACUGGAAUGAUAGCAGUGAAGCUGAAAGAGACAGCUACAUGUUUGAGCCCCCAAACUUUACUUCUCCAUUGUGGGAAGAAGUGUCUGACAGUGCCAAAGAGCUUAUUACACAGCUUCUUCAUGUGGAUCCAUUGAGUCGUCUCUCAGCAGAAGAAGCACUUAAUCAUCCUUGGGUGCAAGGCGAAUCUGGUGGUUGCAAGCAUCUAAUUAGCACAUUGAAGCGACUGCAGGAGUUCAAUGCCAAGAGAAAAUUUAGGGUGGCAACAUGUGCCGUGCUUGCUACACAACGAGCAUUGCAUCUUAUUUCUCCUGAAAGAAAACAGAAGAACAAAAUACAAACUAAAAAUACAUUUUAAGUAUCAAUGUAAAUACACAUCUUACUUUUUCAAAAGUUAAGUAUUCGAAUU